AACCUUUUCAUUCGGGUUUUUAAAGUCGGAUGGAAAGCUUUCCGAGCUUACCGCAAUCCCCAAACGAAGUCCAAGGUUAUUUAUUCAACUUUCCCAGAUAAGGAUAAAAGAUAUGCCUAUAUCACUCCCUCUUUCCACGAAUUCUUCAUUCUCAUUCAAUAGUACAUUUCUUAGUAGUCUGUGAGACGUGUUGUGGGGUGUUAGUUGUUAGUCCAUAUUGAAUAUUUAAUAAAAUUUGAUGUCUACCGCGUGAAUUUAUAGAAAAUAAUAAAUAUAUGUUAAAGGUGCAAUAAAUGUGUUAACUCCUUUUGUGUGUGUUGUUAGUUGUUAAGAGUCUUUAGACAUACAAUGCGCGAAAGUCUUCGCCGGCUGGCGUCAGACGAAGGCACCAGUAUGGUGGGACUGCGCAGGACCGGUACAGGACGAGUCCGCGUUGAGUUGUUCAAUGGGGAACAUAUUACUAUAGAUAUUGAGCGUAAAGCCAGCGGUGCUGAUCUCUUGGACAAGGUGUGUGAUACCCUGGAUAUUUUAGAGAAGGAUUUCUUUGGUCUGUUGCACGCACAGCGCGGUGACCCGCGAGUCUGGGUCGACCUGGGACGACGACUUUCGAAGACCUUUAGAAAUGAGCCUUGGGACGUUCGUUUAGCCGUAAAGUUCUAUCCCCCGGAGCCGUCCGAGUUAUACGAUGACAUCACACGAUAUCAGCUAAGCCUUGCAGUACGGCGAGACCUUAUGGAAGGCCGUCUCAUCUGCUCCCAAAUAACGUAUGCCCUCCUUGCCUCGUACGUAUUACAAGCUGAGUUGGGGGACAAGCAAGGGGCGGUCAGCACAAGUACUUUAUGCGAACACAAUGCAAUACCGUUUCACGUCCUCAACGAGAGGCAGCAAGAUAAUAUCGAACAGCUGUAUGCGAAGCAUAGAGGCCAAACUCCAGCGGAUGCAGAACUGAAUUACUUAGAAAACGCAAAACGAUUGCCUUUAUAUGGCGCUGAUGUCCAUAAAGCGAAGGACUCUGAGGAUGUCGAUAUUAACAUAGCAGUAUCGGCCGCUGGGAUCACAGUAUUGAGAGACGGAGUGAUAAUGAAUCGUUUCCCAUGGACCAAAAUCCUUAAAAUUAGCUACAAUAAGCGUUCAUAUACGCUACGUUUGCGUCCCAGUGAGUUUGACGAGUUCGAGACACACUUGACUUUUAAACUACCCUCAUCCACCGCGAGCAAACGAUUGUGGAGAUGUAGCGUGGAACAUCAUAUGUUUUUUCGCCGAGAAAUUCCAGUAAAAGUUGAGCGUAUUACCGGUUUCCCACGGCUCGGGUCGAGACGUCUGUCCUGUCGGAGGACGCUGAGACAAAUGCGUUCUGAAAUUCAUGCACCCGCGCUUCUACCCGCAUGACAUUAUUCAACUACCGACAUUAUUAUUCAACAUACAUAACUAAAACAUUAUUAAAUAACCAAUAUUGAGUGUAAAGAUAUAUCUAAAUACAUGUUGCUCACUUAAGUAAAAAUUCUAACGUAUAAUUUUUUCGUUAUUUUAUAGACUGGUCAGAUCAAGAAUAUUUCAUAGUAUUGUCUUUUGUUAACAUAGCUUUUACACAUUGAAAGAAAACAAUUUAACCGAAUUAAAGCUAUUUGUAUUAUUAUAAAUUUAUAAUUAUUUUCAUAAUUUUAAUUUUUUUUCCGACGUUUCGCGUGCUAAUACAGCGUGCGUGGUCACGGUGGCUGAAGACAAAAGUUGCUGAAUAUCAAAAGUGUCACAGCUGUAGAGAAAGUUGUGUUAUCUGUAUUUAUUUCCCCGGAGUUGGUAUCGACUAAACCCGUCAUCUUUUAGCUAGAUAACUUUAAUCCUGUUAAAAAAAAUUGCUUUCUUUCAAGAAUAUUUUAUUCAUAAACGCUCUAUAAGCCACAAAUUUCUAUAUACGUAUUCAUAACAGUGUUCAGUCGCUUCUCACAGCUGGAUAUUUAUUUUAUUAUAGACUAGCUGCCCCCGCAAACUUCGUUUCGCCUUAAUAUGUUUUUUUUACUUAGCCUACCUCUUUAGUAGUAACAUAUAGAACAUUUUACUAUGCUACCGAGACUACAGAGACUGUUCGCUUAACCUUUAAAAAUUUAAAUAAAUAUUUAAUGUCCAUAAAAACCUUCCUCAGAGUUCAAGAAAUAAUAUAAAUUACUAAACGAGUUUUGAGCUUAGCAACAUAUUUUGCGAUUCAUUUUUAUUUCUACAAAGCUGUAGAUGUACUACUUUUUACUACUACACUUUGCUCAAAUCUCAAAAGGUUCCACCGUGUUAUAUGGAUGAUGAUAUGAUGCUUAUAAAAACUUAGCCUUAUUGCAUCUUUCGUCUCUUUCUGUCAAAUUAUGUUUAAGCCGAGAUAAAAAGUGACAGAUGUCAUGUCCACAUUAAAGGUAAAAAAUUUAGUUUUAAAGGGAGCGUUCAAUUAUGACUUCACGCAAUUUUUGGCGAUUCUUGACCCCCCCCCCCCAUGAAACGCGCCGUAACGUUUCUGUUUCCAAUAGUAAAACGUUUCGUAACCAACCCCAGUGACUCUUUAAACCUAAAACUUACCAAUAUAUGGUGUAAAGUACUGGAAAGUAGAAAAUAAUAUUAACAAUAACGCGUAAUCCCCGUCCCGCAUCAAGGAAAAAAUUCGUUACGUAAUACUUGAACGCUGCCAAAGAAACCAGUUAGCACAUUUUAGUUUUAGAUAUAUAUUACAGAUAUGAUAGCUUUAAAUGGAUGCUUUGAUAAGAGACUUUAAAUAUAUUAUAUAAGCGUCCAAAAUUGGUGCCUUCGUCCAGCGUGCCAAAACUAUAGAUAAGUUGGUAAUAAUGUUAGAUAUAACGAAAACCGUUAGCUAACAUAUCUUAAUUUAAAAUAUCGAAUGGCUGAUUGAACCGCGAAAAAAAACAAUAUAAAUUUGAACAUAAAAUUACAAUUACGAAAUAAUCUGUGACAUUACGUUUUGUGAUGUAAAAAUAUUUGAAAAAAGAAUGUAGCGUCUUUUACAUACCAUAGUCACAAUUUUGAAAAUGGAAUUAUGUUUAUACACUAACUACUAAUACUAAAAUGUAUGUAUUAGUUACACUUAUUUGUGAUUUCACGAACUAUUGACGUAUAUUUCGCAAUGUUUAAUAUCAAAUUUUUACAUAUUAUGCCAUUUGUUGUUAAGAGUUUUAGAUAUAUAUUUACUAUAGCUUUAAUUUUAAAAGUGCCAUUAUUGUAAUAUGUUA